AUGGAGCCCAGGACCCCUGCACCCUCGGCGGCCUCUGCGAAGAGCCACAGGGCCGGCAGCAUGCAGACCACGAGCCUGCCCGAGGCCGGCGUGUGCUCCCUGGCGCUGCCCUCAGACCUGCAGCUGGACCGUCGCGGCGCCGAGGGGCCAGAGGCCGAGCGGCUGCGGGCAGCCCGAGUCCAGGAGCAGGUCCGAGCCCGGCUCCAGCAGCUGGGCCAGCAGCCGCGGUACAAUGGGGCGACUGAGCCCGAGGGGGUGGCCGAGAUGGCCAGAGGCGCGUCCCGCGGCUACUACCAUACCCUGCAGACCGGCUUCAGCUCCCGCUCCCAGGGCCUGAGCGCGGAAGGCGGCUCGAGCUUCCGGCCCAUCGCCAAGCCCGCCUACAGCCCGGCCUCCUGGUCCUCCCGCUCGGCCGUGGACCUGAGCUCCAGUCGGAGGCUGAGCUCCGCCCACAACGGGGGCAGCGCCUUCGGGGCGGUGGGGUACGGGGCAGCCCAGCAGGGGCCCCCCAUGCCCGGCCGGCCCAUGUCCUUUCACGAGCGUGGCGGGGCUGGGGGCCGCGCGGACUACGACGCCCUGUCCCUGCGCUCCCUGCGGCUGGGGCCUGCGGGCGGGGACGACCGCUACAGCGUGGUGUCCGAACAGCUGGAGCCGGCGGCCCCCGCCAGCUAUAGGGCGUUUGCCUACGAGCGCCAGGCCAGCUCCAGCUCCAGCCGGGCAGGGGGGCUGGACUGGCCCGAGUCUUCUGAAGGGCCUCCCAGCCGGACCAUCCGUGCCCCGGCCAUGCGGACACUGCAGCGAUUCCAGAGCAGCCACCGCAGCCGCGGGGGUGUAGGGGUGGGCCCGGGCGGGGGCCUGGAGCCCAUCGCCCGGGCGCCCUCCGUCCGCAGCCUCAGCCUCAGCCUGGCCGACUCGGGCCACCUGCCGGACGUGCGUGGGCUGGACAGCUACGGCGGCCAUCGUACUCUGCAGAGGCUCAGCUCAGGCUUUGACGACAUUGACCUGCCCUCCGCCGUCAAGUACCUCAUGGCCUCGGACCCCAACCUGCAGGUGCUGGGCGCAGCGUACAUCCAGCACAAGUGCUACAGCGAUGCCGCAGCCAAAAAGCAGGCCCGCAGCCUCCAGGCGGUGCCCCGGCUGGUGAGGCUCUUCAACCACGCCAACCAGGAGGUGCAGCGCCACGCCACGGGCGCCAUGCGCAACCUCAUCUACGACAACGCCGACAACAAGCUGGCGCUCGUGGAGGAGAACGGCAUCUUCGAGCUGCUGCGGACGCUGCGCGAGCAGGACGACGAGCUGCGCAAGAACGUGACAGGCAUCCUGUGGAACCUGUCCUCCAGCGACCACCUGAAGGACCGCCUGGCGCGGGACACGCUGGAGCAGCUCACGGACCUGGUGCUCAGCCCGCUGUCGGGCGGGGGGCCGCCGCUGCAGCAGCAGAACGCCUCGGAGGCCGAGAUCUUCUACAACGCCACGGGCUUCCUGCGGAACCUCAGCUCGGCCUCCCAGGCCACUCGCCAGAAGAUGCGCGAGUGCCACGGGCUGGUGGACGCCCUGGUCACCUACAUCAACCACGCGCUGGACGUGGGCAAGUGCGAGGACAAGAGCGUGGAGAACGCCGUGUGCGUGCUGAGGAACCUGUCCUACCGCCUGUACGACGAGAUGCCCCCGUCCGCCCUGCAGCGCCUGGAGGGCCGCGGCCGCCGCGACCUGGCGGGGGCGCCGCCCGAGGUGGUCGGCUGCUUCACCCCGCAGAGCCGGCGGCUCCGGGAGCUGCCCCUCACGGCCGACGCGCUGACCUUCGCCGAGGUGUCCAAGGACCCCAAGGGCCUCGAGUGGCUCUGGAGCCCCCAGAUCGUGGGGCUGUACAACCGCCUGCUGCAGCGCUGCGAGCUGAACCGGCACACGACGGAGGCGGCCGCCGGGGCGCUGCAGAACGUGACGGCGGGAGACCGCAGGUGGGCGGGCGUGCUGAGCCGCCUGGCUCUGGAGCAGGAGCGCAUCCUAAACCCUCUGCUGGACCGCGUUCGGACCGCUGACCACCACCAGCUGCGCUCACUGACCGGCCUCAUCCGGAACCUGUCUCGGAACGCCAGGAACAAGGAUGAGAUGUCCACCAAGGUGGUGAGUCACCUGAUCGAGAAGCUGCCGGGCAGCGUGGGUGAGAAGUGCCCCCCUGCCGACGUGCUGGUGAACAUCAUCGCGGUGCUCAACAACCUGGUGGUGGCCAGCCCCGUGGCUGCCCGGGACCUGCUCUACUUUGAUGGCCUCCGCAAGUUGGUCUUCAUCAAGAAGAAGCGGGACAGCCCCGACAGUGAGAAGUCCUCCCGGGCCGCCUCCAGCCUCCUGACCAACCUGUGGCAGUAUAACAAGCUGCACCGAGACUUCCGCGCGAAGGGCUACCGCAAAGAGGACUUCCUGGGCCCGUAG